AGGACAACGGUAGUUUUGAUCUACCAAAACUAGAAGAAAAUAUAACACAAGUCUUAACCUCACGGCCUCCAACCUCCCAACUCAAGCCUCCACCCUCACAAACCCUCUUUGCAGUCGCCAGAACUUGCUGUUUUGCCGUCGCCUUUGCUUCCGUCACCAUCGCCCUAGCUGAGUCGCCUCCGCCCUUGCUGCCGUCGCUGUCGCCCUUGCUGCAGCCGCCUCUCCCCUCUCGCCGGCCAGUGUUGGAUUUCCAUACAAGGAAGCUGUUGUUGAGUUUUGUGACGAAUUCCAUCUACUUGCUAAGGGGCAGCACUGGCUUGUGCAAAAGGGAGGAUGCAAAUGUAAGCCAAGCCAUGCAAUUAGCUCACACAAAUCAUGCUAUUACACAUAAUAAAGACGUCUGUAGUGCAUGACAUCUGCUUCAUCCCGCUUUGCACUAAGAGGCCUUUCUAUGAGUCAAAUUCAAAAAUUUAUCCCUAAAAAGUGGAAAGGAAGUACCAAAGAAAUAGAUCUUCAAAAGAAUUAUCCUAUCCUGGGAGAGUGCAAAUCUGGCAAUGAAUCUAUGAUAGAAAAUCUCGUUAAUUCUCUGAAAGAGUUUGCAAGCCAGGGGAAUUUAUUAAAAGCAUUCAAAACUUUUUCUCUGAUCCAGCGACAUGCUUCCUGCAGUACUUCCGAUGAUGUUGUUCUACAUUCCGUCUCUUCUCUUCUUUUAUCCUGUGUCAAUCUUAAAUCGCUCUCACAGGGUAAACAGCUCCAUACCCUCAUUAUCUCUUUGGGAUUUGAGCAACAUCCAAUUAUUGUCCCUAAGCUUGUCACUUUUUACACAAACUUUGAUCUAUUAGCUGAUGCUCACACCAUCACUGAGAAUUCAAAUAUUUUGCACCCUCUACCUUGGAAUCUGCUCAUCUCUUCCUAUGUUAGAAAUGGUCUGCAUGGAGAGGCUCUUUCUGCCUAUAAACAGAUGACGCAUAAAGGCAUUAGACCUGAUAAAUUCACUUACCCAUCUGUUCUUAAGGCUUGUGGUGAAAAACUGGAUAUAGCUUUUGGGAAAAAGCUUCAUGCGUCCAUUAAUGCUAGCUGUCUCGGAUGGAACUUGUUUGUUCAUAAUUCCUUGGUUUCCAUGUAUGCAAAGACUGGGGAACUGAGUACUGCCCGUUGCUUGUUUGAGAAUAUGCUAGAAAGAGAUGAUGUUUCUUGGAACACAAUGAUCUCUGGUUAUGCCUCCAAGGGCAUGUGGAAGGAGGCAUUUGAGCUAUUUGGGAAAAUGAGGGUAGAAGGUAUUGAAUUGAACAUCAUAACUUGGAACACUAUCGCUGGAGGUUGCGUGCAAUCAGGAAAUUUUGAAGAGGCGCUUGAGUUGCUUUCUCAUAUGAGAAGUUAUGGCAUUGAUAUGGAUUCAGUGGCCACGAUUAUUGGUUUGGGUGCAUGCUCCCAUAUUGGGGCCAUUAAACUAGGUAGAGAGAUUCAUGGUUCUGCAAUUCGCAGCUUUUAUGAUGGAGUUGAUAAUGUUAAAAAUGCACUAAUUACUAUGUAUUCUAGGUGCAAAUACCUUAGACAUGCCUACAAUCUGUUUCAAUCAACGAGGACUAAGAAUAUAAUUACUUGGAACUCAAUGCUUUCUGGAUACACCCACAUGGACAGAUCUGAGGAGGCAUCGUUCCUGUUCAGAGAGAUGUUGCUUUCUGGCAUUGAGCCAAAUUAUGUGACUAUAGCAAGCAUUCUCCCCUUAUGUGCUCGUGUGGCAAAUCUACAACACGGGAAGGAGUUCCAUUGUUACAUCUUGAGGCGUGCAGGAUUUAAGGAUUAUUUGUUGCUUUGGAACUCUCUUGUUGAUAUGUAUGCAAGAUCUGGAAAGGUUUUAGAAGCUAAAAGGCUAUUUGAUUCAAUAAGCAGGAGAGAUGAAGUGACUUAUACAUCCUUGAUUGCCGGAUAUGGAAUACAAGGGGAGGGACGAGAAGCACUGAAACUUUUUGAUGAAAUGAAAAAGCGUCAUAUUAAACCAGACCAUGUAACUAUGGUGGCAGUUUUAUCAGCAUGUAGCCAUUCAGGUCUAGUAACUGAAGGAAUCAAGUUGUUUGAACUGAUGCCUAGUGCAUAUGGCAUAAUUCCACGUUUGGAGCACUUUGCCUGCAUGGUUGACCUCUUUGGAAGGGCUGGAUUGUUACAUAAAGCAAAAGAGAUGAUCACAAGGAUGCCUUACAGGCCAAGUUCUGCCAUGUGGGCCACACUUCUAGGAGCCUGUCGCAUCCAUGGGAAUGCAGAGAUAGGGGAAUGGGCUGCUGAGAAACUAUUGGAAAUGAGGCCUGAAAAUUCAGGUUACUAUGUGUUGAUUGCUAAUAUGUAUGCUGCUGCUGGUUGUUGGAGCAAGUUAGCAAAGGUAAGGACUUAUAUGAGAGACUUGGGUGUUAGGAAGGCUCCUGGCUGUGCCUGGGUUGAUGUGGGCUCUGGGUUUUUCCCAUUUCUGGUGGAUGACACAUCAAAACCUCAUGUGAAUAAGCUUUACCCAUUACUGGAGGGGUUGACUGAACUAAUGAAAGAUGCUGAAUACGUUGGCAAGGAAAAUGUUGGUUCAGUUGAUGAUGUGAUAGAGGCAAUAGGAUGACGCAUUCUGGUUUUACAGCAGCAUUUGGUGGUGUUAUGUACAAGAGAACCGAAAGAAAUAUAAUUUGAAGUGACCCUCUGAAUUGAAAAAUUCUUUUGAAGUGGGAACUUGUAGUCUUCAUGGGAUCAAUUUCAAACCAAAUUAGCAGAAUUAUUUUAGUUCAGCAUUGACAGAAGUUGUGCAGGAGGAAACAUAUUUACACAGGCCAUCUUUGUUACGCAUUUUUUACCUAAGCUAUUUGCACUGGAAACUUGAAUUCUUUAAACAUUAUCAUCUCUACUUAGAAAAUAACAUUCUUGUUAGCAGGUCUGUAUCUCUGCAGGAUGCAACAUUGUUUUCUUUGUCAGUACAAGAAGAACAGCACAAUCUAACAGAUUUGACUGCAAGGGUUUUUUAUAUCAGGAUUAUUUUACACACAAGUGGGUAUAUAUUAACAUUUGUGUCAAGUUCGUAGUUCAUCAUCAAAGCAUAUUGGAAAGAAAGGAAAAAAAAUGAUUUUCCAUGUUGUUGUAUAGGGAAUAAAUUUCUGUUUAUGUCCAUGUAAGAGUGUGAAUGACCAGGCUUUUAUUUCUCUUCAGAAAUUAUGCAUUUCUAUCAGUUAAUACUUGCAAAAAAAAUUUAUGACUUCUUGUAAAAUUAUACUUGCAGGUCGAGAAGUAAAGUGACAAUGAGAGUAUCAACUCAGUUGGAAAAACGACAUGGAAUCCAUCCUUGUACUAGCUUAGUUCAGGGAUGAUGAUAAGGAAGCUAUAAUGAAGUUGUUGCUGACAGAUGAUCCCAAUUGCAAAUAUACCUGCAGUCGAUAAAAAGCUGCAUCCUUUAGUAAAUGAGAAUGGCCCGCCCUUCCAUUCUGUGACAACAUUGACAAGAUACCACAUUUAUCAAAAAUCCUAAGGAAGUCUUAAGAUGUCAAAAAGAGAGGUGAAGGAAAUAAGGAUCGAGAAGUCAAGUGACAAUGAUAUCAACUCAUUUGGAAAAGAACAUGAAAACCUGGAAUCCAUCCUUGUACUAGCUUAGUUCAGGUAAGCCUUUAUCUCUAGUUUUCCUGAUCUAUUUAAGAAGGGAAGAAUGGAAGUUAAGCUAGUUGGGACCUUGACUUCAGUGAAACAAAAAGGGUGUUCUUGAUCAGAAAGAGGGUAUUGAUGAGAGAAAAGUUUCAUGUAAAAUGCCAAGAGCUAGUUGUUUGAUAGAUGAAUAUGAGAUUUAUGACAGGGAUGAUGAUAAGGAAGCUAUAAUGAAGUUGUUGCUGACAGAUGAUCCUAAUGGCAAAGAUGCAGGUAUUAUUCCAAUUGUGGGCUAUGGUGGUGUUAGUAAAACUACCAUUGCACAACUUCAAUGAAAACAUCAUGUAAAUGUAUUGACUUAUGACGAUUCGUGGUAUGUAUUUUCUAGAACAUGCAUUUCAUGAUGAAAAUUCUGAUGCACUUCCAGAAUCAGAAGCAAUUGGUAAAGAAUUAGUGAGAUUAUGCCUCAUAAAGAGAUGGAAGGGUUUUCUAUAGAUUGUUGUGUAGGAAACCUUUCACAAAUUUAACUUCCCCGAGUUCAUAUGGAUAUAGGUACUUGCUCCCUUUACCACCACUUGGACAGUUACCAUCUCUAAAACACCUUUCAUUCAAAUUUUUUAUGGAAUUGGUCCUGAAUACUGUGGAAGUUGCAUUUCUCGAAGGUGCCUUUUGCAUCACUAGUAUCCCGUAGUGACAAGCAUGGAUUGCUUAUGAUCAGUUUAGAGCUUUCCCCCUCCUUAAAGAGCCAUACAACAGUGUUCUUUCCCCAAUUAGAAUCACUUGAGAUUAUUUUCGCAACAAGCUUACUGUUGGCAAAAUGCAAUGGAAUCUACAGAAAAGUCCUAUCAGCUUCUCACUUCUCCAUUGCAGAGUGAAACUCUGAAAUCUUUCUAUUACAAUAGACUUCAAUCUCUUAGAAAAUGGGAGAUUUUAAGCUGCCACAUGUAACGCCCACCUAAUGCAUUUGCAUUUAUUUUUAUAACAUGCAUAUCAUAUAUAUAUGAGAAAUGCAUGAAAUAUGUGUGGUAUUAAUGCUAAUGUUAAAUAGAAGAAGAUUAUAAAUGUUACAAUUAAGUCCAUAACAAGAAUUAGAAAGUUAAGGGAUUAAAUUAAUUAAUGGUAAAAAUAAAGGGCUUAAAUUAGUUAAUUAAACUUAAAAAAAAAAACAGAAUGUCCUGGAAUUAGUAUGUGGCAGCUUAAAAAAAACGGAUAGAAAAGAGAAAGAAGAAAAAAAGGGUGGUAGUCCUUCCUUUUUGUUCUUCUCCUUCUUUUUAAAAAGAAAAAAAAAAUUGAAUUUUCAAGUGAAAUUUGAAAGUUUAGAAUCCAUUUCAGAUCUUAAUCUUCAUCUUCAAAGGCUUUAGAAGUUUAUUUGGUAAGUAAUUUUAAUAUUUUUGUUGAAUCGACUCAGGGUUUAGAAGAUAUAGAAUUUGGGUUCUAAAAACUCAGUUUUUCAGUCUUAUUGUUUUGAUCAUAUCUUGAGCUAGGAAGCUUUAAAUUGAGUGUUCUUUGAUAAUAUGGGAACUUUGAAGAGUUAUCUAAAACUUUUAUUUUUCUAGCUCAAUCUGAAUCAGGCUCUAUAUUAGUAUAAUAAGAGAAAAUAUUUUAUUGUUCAGUUUCUAUAGUUGGUCUGAGUAAGGUGGAUUAUUUUGUAGGGAUCUUUCUCUAUACACUUCUAAUUGAAACAAAAUCAAUUUUAAAAUUAUAUCAGAUAUAUAAGGUUAGUGAUAUGGAAAGUUUCAUCAUGAAAUUCGUUGUAUAGAAGUUUUGGUGGAUUUUUAAAUUCACGCUAUUAAUUCUGUCAUAGUUGGCAGUCACAUAUAUUUAGAUAGUUUAGUGAUGAUAUCAUGCUAGAUGAAAUAAUAUUAUUUUGGGGUGUUUAAAAAUAAGUGAAUUAUAAUUUAUUUCAGCUAAACCAAUUGGGAAUGAGGGUGACACUCAAGUACAUACAAGCAAAGGAAAUUGAGCAAUAAAGGUGGGCGAUACACCACAAGUUCCAGUUCAUGCCAGAAGUUCCAGUUGCACUUCUUCUGAAUGGAUACGAAGUAAAGGUCAUAUUGUAUUGAUUUGGAUACUGCCGAGGACAAAAUAGCGAACUGGUUUCAAGCUACAGCAGCGCAGAAUAGAGAAUCCCUCUCCUCUUUUUCAAUAAAUUAGAAGUCAUGUGACAGAGCUAUAGAUAGAGCAAUUUAGGCUUCCAUUUCUUCUUUUCUUUUUUCUUCCUUCAAAAUUUUUGGUUACUUGGCUCCGAGAGGGUACAGGCUUGUAGUGUCACAACCUGGGAAACCACUUCAGUGUCACUGAGCCAGAAACUCAAUUAGUUCAACUUAGGUUUCUUCUGGUUAAUUGUUAUAUGGCUUGUUUGAGUAACAUUUAUGACGUUGAACCUGCUUUUAGUUUAUCUCUUACUGAAACAUGGUUUAAGAUAUUGUUUACAAUGUCAUUGUCUUUCAUCCUUCAAUCAUGAACUCAAUUCUAAUAUGCUGUCUUUGUCUCCAGUAAUGGUGUCAAUCUAAUUGCAUCAUCACCUUCUGUUUCACCAAUUUUAGGCAUCAGACUGACAUUUGGUUUAAAUGAAGAAUGUCAAACCUUUUUCUUGGUCCUAUAUGCUAUAAAUUAGAUAUUCAAGAAUGUGGACAGAUGGGAUAACUGAAGAUCUUCUGCUGAAGAACCAGGGACAUGGCAGGUGAUGUACAAGCAAUUUGAAAUGGGCAAUUCAUUCUAAAUAGAAAUAAUAUAAGAAUGUGAUUUCAGAUGAAUGAAAAUCUUGGGAGCACCCCUGUUUUUUUUUUUCUUUUUUUGUUUGAUGAGAUUUGAAUUGUAGCGCUUACUUCUAAAGCUUCAUGUUAUGAAUAUACUAAGAUUUCAUAUUAAAA